GAGAGAAAGGAGAGAGGAAUACCCAGCUGGUCCCACAAGCCCUAUAAUACCAAGCACAACAUGCUUUACCUUCAAUGAAAGCUGAGACUGAGGGACGGUUGACUGCUGGACCUGAAAUCAGCUUAGAGUCUGAGAGGCGCAGUUUUUCUGUUUCUGCUUUCUCACACCUCAUCCUGCGCGCCGGAACAUUUUUUACUAUUAUCAUUAUUAUUAUUAUUACUAUUUGCAUUUUUUACUGACUUAAUUUACUGACUCAAACACAUUUAGACCUGCAACUUAUCAAAACUAGAGACAACUUGGAUAACGCAUCUUCCUCUCUUGUUGUGACCGGUGUCAAAGGUGAUGGUGUCAUUUUCUUGCAGAGGACUCAGGUGAUGGUAUGUGUUUCUGGAGAUAGGGGCCACUUUCGGAAACGUGUUAGUUUUUCCACAGCUGUUAUUUUUUCGUUUGCUACGUUUCCUUUGCCUCAAACAUGGCACUCUACUCUCGAUUUGUGAUCGUGCUGCUUUACGGAUGGAGUUAUUUGUGCGUUGGAUUGUGCGCGAUGCUGAAAACGGACAAUAUCCCCGAGAGACGAAAGGUGGAUUUUACGCUUUCGGUGGAUAAAAAAUACGCGACAAAAGAAGACCGGGAUGCGCUUUUACAGGAUACGAUGACGGAGCACAUGCAGAUGCUUUACGCGAAGUACAACAGCGCUGGAUUUCCCUUCAAGGACGGCAACACUGUUCGUAGUUUCAAAGCGCAUUGGGGUACUAUAAACAAGAAACAGCUGCAGAUUUUCAACCUCACCUCCCUCACCAAAUCAGAAGACAUCCUGUCAGCUACUCUUCAUUAUUACAUUGGAGACCUUCAGAACAGCACCCAGGGCUGCUCCAGGUCCAAAAGCUGCGCUCGCCAUGGUCCCAGGAGGCACAGCCACAUCCACAUGGUCAUCUGGAGUUUUGCAUCUGUGGAUAACAAGAUGAGGACUCUAGGACAUUUUCGGAUCAAUGUGUCCACCCUCUACAGGGACUUCAUAUCUUGGCAGUGGAAGGACAUAACUCGUGUGGUCAACCAGGCCAAACACCACGACGAGCUGCUUAUUGGGAUUGAAGUAGCUUCACAAGGUUCCCAGCCGUGGAAGAAGCUCCUGUCAGAUCGCUCACCCUACAUCCUGGUCUAUGCCAAUGACUCUGCCAUUUCAGAGCCUGAAAGUGUGGUAGCCACUCUGCAGAGGCCCCACUCAGUGAGAGGCGAGGGCUCCAUUUCACAUGGCUUCCAUAAACUGGGACUACAAGAGCAAAAUGACACCGAAGGACAGCCACAGCCCAGACACAAGCGCUCAGUGAAUGUUCUCCUACCUUUGCAAAAUAAUGAACUUCCUGGUCCCGAGUAUCCAUAUGAGACAACCGGCUGGGACGAAACAACUCCCUACGAACCAUUUGAAAACAAACAGGCACGCCGGCCACGUAAAAAGACACGCAAGAAUCAACGGCAUAAGAUGCCCUUGCUACAGUUUGAUGAGCAGACAAUUAAAAAGGCACGAAAGAAGCAAUGGAACGAGCCCAGGAAUUGCGCUCGGAGAUACCUGAAAGUUGACUUUGCCGACAUUGGAUGGAGCGAAUGGAUUAUAUCGCCCAAGUCGUUUGAUGCCUACUAUUGCUCAGGGUCCUGCCAGUUCCCCAUGCCAAAGGCUCUGAAGCCAUCUAACCACGCCACCAUCCAGAGCAUAGUGCGGGCGGUGGGCGUCGUCCCAGGCAUCCCCGAGCCGUGCUGCGUCCCCGAGAAGAUGUCUUCCCUCAGCAUCCUUUUCUUUGACGAGGACAAGAAUGUGGUGCUGAAAGUCUACCCCAACAUGACAGUAGAUUCCUGCGCCUGUAGAUAGUUUCUUUUUCCUCCCAGGCCUCAUCGCACACACCUCAUGUCAUAAAGAGAAGUAAAAAAAAAAAAACCCACAUACAGCCAAAAAUACGGUCUCUUCUCCUGUUCCUGCAGUCAUACACUCACUCAGAUACAAAUAUCAAGUGAAUACAACUUCCCUUUUGCACUGGAGGAGAGCACCGCCUGUUGUUCCAGGUGACGAUGUGACUGUCAGUGGGAAGAAAUGGAUCGCGUGAGUUAUCCUAGUAAAAGUUGUAUUUUAAACGUAUUUAUCAUCGCUGCUCAGUUAUCAGUUGGCCGACGGCAGGGUGGACGCGAUCAUAAACCCACUAUCAAGGCAUACAAACACCAGCUGAGGCAUAAAAGAGACAAAAACUGAAGGAAAAUAUUCACUUUUCAGGAAAAACCAAAAAGAUCUUCAUUUCAGCUGGUGCCCGUGGGAGGGCGGGGUGGUU